AUGAUGCAGAUCAGGGGGUUUCAAGCCGUCCCAGUCAACAAUGAGCGUGCGUUGCUCCAAGCUGUAUCGAGACAGCCUGUAUCGGUGAGCAUUACAGCGAGGGCGGCGAGUUUCAACCAUUACGCUGGAGGAGUGUACAAUGCGCCUGAGUGUGGGAUCAACGUGAAUCAUGCAGUGACGUUCGUUGGGUACGGGACGAGCCCCGAAGGGAUCAAGUAUUGGCUGGCAAAGAACUCAUGGGGUAAGACUUGGGGAGAAAAUGGUUACAUUAGACUCCGUAGAGAUGUGGAGUGGCCUCAAGGCAUGUGUGGUAUAGCUCAGAGUCCUUGUUAUCCGGUUGCGUGA